GACGUCAGCCCUUGCGUGACCCUUGAGCGGAGCGUCAGAUGCUGCGAGAAGAGGUCGGCGGUUCCCCCGGCGUCCUGCUGGUCGAGGCGUUUUAUGGGGGUUCUCACAAACAGCUGAUCGACCUUCUGAAGGAAAACAUCGAGGGCUGCUCCGUCUUCACGUUACCUGCCAAAAAAUGGCACUGGAGAGCGAGAACAGCAGCUCUGUACUUCAGUCAGACCAUUCCUGCCUGUUCAACAUACAGGGUUCUGUUUAGCAGCUCGGUUCUGAACCUGUGCGAGCUGGUGGCUCUCAGACCUGAUCUGGCCCGGCUGAAGAAGAUCCUGUACUUCCAUGAGAACCAGCUGGUCUAUCCGGUUCGUAAGGACCAAGAGAGGGACUUCCAGUAUGGAUACAACCAGGUGCUCUCAUGCUUGGUGUCAGAUGUGGUGGCCUUUAACUCCCGCUUCAACAUGGAGUCCUUCCUGUCUUCCAUUCGGUCAUUCAUGAAGAAAAUCCCAGACCAUAGACCUAAAGACCUGGACCGGCUGAUCCGUCCUAAGUGUGUGGUCCUCAGCUACCCGGUGCAGUUCCCUGACAUCAGAAGUCUGCUGCCUGAACAAAAACUGAGACGUCUUUGCCGCUCUGCAGAGAUGCCUCAGAGCGAUCAUCGGAUCGUCACCUCGCCGACCGAUCAGCAGCAGACGUCAUGGUUUGGGGAGGUUCCCGAUCAGUCCCCAUCGGAUCCCAGAAGUGCCCCGACAGCUGGUCAGGACCCAGAGUGUUUGGACCAGGUGAAGCCUCUACACAUCGUGUGGCCUCACAGGUGGUUGGAAGCCGUCCACUGCGGAUGCUUUCCUCUGUGUCCAAAGGCUCUGGUGUAUCCUGAAAUAUUCCCAGAUCAGUACCUGUACUCGACCCCUGAGCAGCUCUGUAAGCGGCUACAGGAACUCUGCAAGAGACCUGACCUCGCCCGUAGACAUGUUGUCAUGGUGGACACCUCUCUGUACUCCUGGUCCUCCCUGAAGACACAGUUCCAGUCUCUGCUGGCUGCUGAAGGUCCCUAAAGGCAUCGCAAUGCUGGUUGCUUCAAUUACAUCUUGGGUUUGGGUCAGAACAAGUUCUGGUCAGAGAUCAAACUGAACUUUUAUGACCCAGUCUGGAUCUAAGCUAAGAUUAAGAGACUGAGUUGUGACCAGAAAUAUCUCAGCUUCCUUACUUUAACAGCAAGAAUAAGCAGCAGAGUCCAUGUUCUGGUUCUGAUUCUUUGAUGAAUUUAUAAGAGUUCUACUGUAAACAAAUAUUUGCAAAGGUUAAUUCAACCCAUUUUUUACUGUUUUUCUAAUAAAAUAUUUGAAAUAAACCCUGAUCAAUGACUUUAUCAAAGGUAGUUGGUUUUUAGUAACCAUGGAGACGAUUAAACAGGUCUUUGUUAUAUACAAGGAUGAUAGAAGACACAUUUUAACUCACCAAUUAAAUCAGUAGUGAGCGGGAUCGGUUCAGGCCUAAAUGUA